ACCCCGAGAAAUUCACUGCAGCGAAACGGACUUUCAUUCUCAAAUAUCGCCAGGGACACAGGGCGUUGUAGAGGGCUGAUUGUUGGUAGCUUAGCAGAAGCCGUCCUGAAGGUGACCAGCAACAGUGCGGUAGAAAUAGUGUCAAACUGAUCCAUUACAGUGUAGUGCAGUUAACUGUGGAAGUAACAGACUGAACAGUAACUGGGUAAUACCAGACUGGGGGAAAACUAUCAGGGAAAUGGUGAUGUUGGGCAUCAGAAUGGACAUAGAGAUGGAGUGGGAGGUGUGAUGACAGGGCAAGAAAAUGGCGAAGAAGACAGAGGUUCAGCGCUCAAACGUAGCGCUUCCAACAACGUAGAGGUCACAGAUUCUCAAGGUGAACCUGUUACUAAAAGGCGAAAGACAGGGCCACCGCAACCUAAGAACCCAAUUAGCACUCUGAAUGAACUUCGUCCUGGCCUAGUGUACAAGACUAUGGCUAUGGAAGGGCCAUCCCAUGCCCCUGUCUUCACAGUAUCUGUAGAGCUCACUGGGCAAGUUUUCCGUGGUUCGGGGCGCAGUAAGAAGCAAGCCAAACACUGUGCAGCAGAAGCUGCUCUCAGGUCUUUUCUUCAGUUCCGCAAUGCUUCGGAUGCUGCUGAAGCUCUUGGAAUAAAUAUUACCGCAGUGCAAGACUUCACUAGUGAUGUAUCGGAAGCAGGUUUUGGGGCAAAUUCAACUGUGGGUGAGGUGACAUCGACAAGACCAACAACUACUCCAAUGGAAUCAUCACCAGCUUCCACCACCACUUCUCCCUCUAAAACAACAGCUCCCCAAGGACCUUCACAGACUUCGAAGAACCCUAUUAUGCUCUUAAAUGAGUUAAGACAGGGUGUGGAGUAUAUGUUAAAGCAAGAAUCAGGAGAACCUCAUUCCAAGACUUUUACAUAUCAAGUCACUGUGGAUGGGCAGCUUUUUGAGGGUACAGGAAACAGUAAGAAGUUGGCCAAAGCAGCAGCUGCUCGUCAGGCAUUAAGCAAGCUGUAUGGAGUUAUUGCCUCCACACCUUCGGCUGUUCUUCAUCACAUGCCCAUCUCUAAUAUGCCGAACAUCCACAUGCCUCAAACAAUAGCAGACAAGAUUGCCAAACUGGUUUGUGAUAAGUUCUCGGCAUUAACUUCUGGUAAUCCAACACUUGCCAAGCGGAAGGUUCUGGCAGGUAUUGUGAUGACGAAUGACAAGGACCUCGACGACAUGAAGGUGAUAAGUGUUGCAACAGGCACAAAGUGUAUCAAUGGUGAGCAUCUUAGUCUUCAAGGUCAGUGUAUAAACGACUGUCAUGCUGAGAUUGUGGCGCGUAGAUGUCUUCGCCAUUUCCUCUAUGCACAGCUUGAAAAGCUUGCUGUAUCUUAUAAAAAUGGUACAACUUCAAAUACUAUAUUUGAACAAGUUGAUGGCCAGACAGGAUUCAGAGUUUGUCCCCAUUACAAAUUCCAUCUUUAUAUAAACACUGCUCCCUGUGGUGAUGCAAGAAUAUUUGCUCCGCACGAAGAGGAAGCUGAUCGAACUGACAGACAUCCAAACAGACAAAGUCGUGGACUACUUAGAACAAAAAUAGAAUCCGGAGAGGGUACAAUUCCUAUUAAGGCUGGUGCAGACAAUAUCCAGACAUGGGAUGGAGUACUUCAAGGUGAACGUUUACGGACUAUGUCGUGCUCGGAUAAAAUUGCCAGAUGGAAUGUGGUUGGACUUCAGGGUGCCCUUCUCUCUCACUUCCUUGAGCCAAUAUAUCUUGAGUCUAUAGUCUUAGGUUCACUAUUUAGUGCAACACACAUGUAUAGAGCGGUUUGUGGUAGAAUAGAAUUAACUGUGAGUGGCUUGCCACCCCCGUACAAACUCAACCAGCCAAAAAUGAAUCAAGGAAGUUCCACUGAAUCACGUCAGCCACAGAAAGCCCCAACUAUCUCGGUCAAUUGGGAUUGUGAGGGAGACCAGGUAGAAGUCUUAAAUGCAAUGACUGGACGACAAGAAGGAGAAAGCUACUCCAGAUUGUGUAAGAGGCGGUUCCUCUCCCGAUUUCUUGAGUUGGUUGAUAACCUCCCUACACUAACUGAAGUAGACCCAGGGGCAGCAAAAUGCCUCUCGUAUGGUGAAAUCAAGGCUCUUUCAUCUACUUAUCAGACCAGCAAACGAGCUGUUGUGUCUGCUUUUGGUCGUGCUGGCUUAGGUCAGUGGAUUAACAAACCCAUGGAAGAAGAUAGUUUUUAUAUGUAAUGUAGCAGAAGUUGCCUAAAUGGGAAGAAAUCUGCAAGUGAAGCGAGUGUAGCGAGGUGGUUGUUUAACGUUGGUCUUGACAUCGAUGUGAAAUUGAUCUUACUCGCCAAUAAAUGUACCUACAUCACCACGUUAGCUCAGUUGUAUUUGGAGGAAUUUUUAAAAGAUAUUUUUUAAAAACCUAUUGAUCAGUGCAGAGUCUUUGUGAUGCAUUGUCAAUGCAAUUGUGUGUGUUUUUUAUGUAUUAGCAUAUUUUAUAUUGAAAAUCUUUAAAUUUGCACAGUGUAUUACGUGUACCCGGUUCCAUAAUUUUUUCUUAAUUCAUGCAAUACAUUCUUCAGGCAUCUCUUUUUAAACAUGGCUCUCACUGCUCAUAAGUUUGAAAUCCUGUGUAUACAUUCAAUUAUGUUUUCAGAGCUGCUGGUAUAGUGUCCAUAGUGCUCCCAAUUCAAAUUAAUAGAAUAGUUAAUAAUGCUCCUGAACUUAUGAUUUCCAUGAGCUAGAAAUACCACGUGAUCAUUUUAGAAAUGAGAUCUACUACAUAGCACAGUGAUUUGAAAGUUAUGCUCAAUACACUUCCUGACAUUCAAAAUUAAACAAAUCCAAGGCAUAGAUUAAUAUACAUUUAAAACUAAACUUCAUACUCAAAUGCUGCACAAAACUGUUAAGAGUUUGUAACUUGGGAUUGAUCCGAAGCAUUUAAUUAGAAACUUCUAAAAUUUAAAUUCUCGUUUGAUAGUUAUAUAUAUAUAUACUGUACUCUAUAUAUUUUUUGUUUUUUGAAGAAAAUUUGUCGUAAGACUUGGAUACGAGAUUUAUAUUACCCUUUUAAGAUUACUGGAUAAGUAUAUAUGAUUAUAGAUGGUACUGCUGUAUAAAUUAGAUUUUCUAACUACAGUACAUUAAGGUUUUGACAAUGGUAAUAGUGUUACUGUGACGGUGUAGUGCUAUUACUGUAAGAAUACUUCCUUCCCAUCUGUAUUUCUACAACAUUUCCUUUCAUACAUUCUAAAGUAUAUUGCUUUUGUUGAGUUUAAGACAAGGUUUAGAUUACAGUACUUACUCGUCUAGUGAGGAAAGAUUAGGUUUUAAUAUGAAACUAAAAGUCUUGCCCAACAUGGCUAUGAAUUAUUCAUGUCAGCUGCCAUUUUGCAAAUUGUGAAUAUCUUGUUUAUAGAAAUGUCUGAUAUAUAGAUGUUAGACUAUGUCGGUGCAAGCUUCUGCUCGUAUAGACUGUCGGUAAUAAUGUCUGUGGCUGAAUUAAGGCUAUUUUGUUACGUUUUCCUUCAAUAUGUAACUGCAAGUGGUAGCCAACACAAAAGAGAGCCUAUUCACGGUUUCUUUGACUAUUCUCCGAGAAACUUGUAAAGCAUCUCAUCCGUCCAGCUAGCUUCAGAUAAUCAUUUGUGUGGAUUCACCAGAUUUCAGCUACAGUAUAUACAAUAUAUCUGUUCAACAUAUAUAUAUAUAUACUUUAUUCACUAACAUUCCUAAGUUUGAUUUUCACAUACUCUAUCCUACUGCAAUAAAUCACUAUUAUACACUAUUUAUAUUAUUUACUAUCAAUAUAAUAAAAUAUUAUUGUUUAAUAUAAUUUUAAAAGAAAUUUUGUUUCCUUGAUGUCACACAAUGUAAUCUCGCAAUAAAUAAAUUUUAUAUUUUAAUAAAAAGUAUGUAAAGCACCAUAGGGAAAUGAAGUUAGCAUGUUCAUCCCAUUCGAGGGACAUCAUCGGACUGAAGUGCCAGAGCCAGUGGGAAAGAGGAAGCCAGAAACAGGUGCCAACUAGCAAUAGACAACACGGCUCCUGAUCUGUGCCACUAUUUUUAACUGACAUCCCACCAAUGCUCGGGAAAAACUGCCACGAUCUUCCUGUUUGACACAUGGGUAAAAAUAUAAGUACUGUAUCCUGAUGUAAAGGAAAGAACGUUAAUUACCGGUGAGUACAAACUGCUGUAACAUACAACACAAAAUACCUCUAUACAGUCAUGCAAGUCAAAUCUAAACCAUUAUGAAAUAACUUGAAACAAGCACUGAAAGAGUGAGAAAACCAAAACACAGAUUGUAGAUCAAAUUUAGAGUGUGGGACCAGAUAUGACUCCAUACGCAGCUAGCCAGUAUUUUUAUAAAAAAAAAUCUUGGAAAUCAUUCUAUCAACUAAAGAUUUUCUGUUAAUUGUUACAUUGCCUGUGUUUAAUUAUGAUUUUUUGUUAGGUCUUUAGAUUUUUGCUCAUUGAUACUUUUGUCUAUUGCUAGUUGGCACUUGUUUCUCUUUUUGGCUUUCGGGCAGUUCAGCCCGAGUAUGUCCUGCCAAGAUGAAGGUGCUAACUUCUAUUUUACUUUGGCGCUUUAUGAAUAUUUUGUAUUUCAGUUUGGUGCUUUAUGCAUAUUUGUGUGUUUUUUAUCGUGAUUUGUGACAAUUUCUCCUCUGUGUGACUACACUAUUUACACUAAUCAAUACUUGUGACCAUAUUUUUGGACUGGCUUUUUCUUCCUCCAUUUAUGCCAGUAUAGCCAGAUGGUUAAUGUGUCUGGACAAGUUGUCAGAUUCCUAGCUGUGUGGUCUUCGAUAAGUGAUUUACACUUAACGAUUUUCAGUUAUUUUGAAGAGUAACGCAAAGAUUGUUUAAUUUAGACAUAGUGCAAUUAAUUAUGCCAUUAGCACAAGGAAAGUGAUUAGCAAAACUACAGUUUAUGGCAGUGUUUUUGUUGGUACAGCAGAUGUGAACUGAAGCCAUUGUUGGGAUGGAUUCUCAUGGUGAGGGUAAGUUCUCAACUGCACCAAAACCUCAAAACUUUACACUCAAGUUCAAUUGCAACAUUUGUCAAGCCUUUACAAAUGUAGCAACUAUUUCCGUCUGGAGCACUAGUGAACAAAGAUGCAGUGAGAGCCUGAUGGCUUCACCAAUUUUGUCAUGAGUCAAAUGGUGCAGCUGAGCUAAUGUUAGACUAUUUUGUGGUACACUAAAUUUCUUAAGGCUAAAUGAUCACAUAUCAUGUUCUAAUGUAAGGAUAAAUGAAGCUGCAUGAAUAGGUCAUUAAAUACACAAAAAGAAGUUACUGCACAGUACUAUACUGUAAAUCUGUGCCAAGUGGUGGAUCUACCCCAUUGCUGCAGCCUUAAAUAUCACGGUUCAUGUUAUGUUGAAUAAGGCUUUUAUGAAUAUUUAUUUGGGUAAAUAAACAUGACAAAAUGGAUAGGGUUACAGUGCUGGUAUAUUUUUUAUGAAUUUUGGGGAAUGACGGUAAUACCGUAUAUACAUUUUUGAGCAUCUGGGGCGGGUAAGCAGGUUUUUCAACAGCUCAUAGCCCUAGGUAUCAUAAAAUGUAGUUCACAUAUAUUACUGUUUAGUACAAAUUGGGUAAAUAAAAUUAUCUUGCAAUUCAUUGCUAUAUGCAAGCACAUUUAUUUUUAUUUACACAAAAAUAUAAAUUUUUAAUUUUUUUUUAAGUGGGAAAAUACUGUAAUUAAAUUUGAUUAAUUUACUUAAAUCUUCUAAUAGUGCAGCCGGAUACAAAAGUUUCAUUAAAAGUUCCAUGUUUAGUUCAUAUAAAAUUUCUUUUAAAAUUGCUGUCAAUGGUUAUGACAGAAAUAAUGCUUGGAUUUUACUGAAGAUUGAAUAGAUGUAGUUUGUGAAUUUUUAGUGGGAUGGUGUAUGUUCAAACCCAAGUAUUAAAGAGACGACUUUAUACAUAACAUUGUUUUUCAAUUUUAAAGUUUUCUUCCUCUGGUACAGAAUGAUUUAUGAGAAUUAAGGAUUCACAGUUCUUUAAAUUGAAUGUAAUGUACAUCCGUUUUUAAUUAGAGCAUGAUUGGAAUGGGACCAAGAUGUUGAUAUCAGUGUCAGAAGCCACAUGUCACUAUAUUUGACCAUUGUUAUGUCAAGAAUUAUAAUAAAAUUUUUAAUUGAAUCACUUGUAAGUAACAUCGGUGAUGGACUGCACUUAUGAGUUUCUGUAUUCAUUUUGUAUUUAAUUUAAAAGGAUGUAUGGUAGAUAUAAGAAUAUUUUGCUCUAAAUGGAAAUAAUUUGGAAUAACCCUCUUGGAUAAGGAUGUACUGUAUUGUUUCCAAAGAGCUGUAUAAUUUGACUGCUUAGUAUAAAGCAGUCAUUUCAAACAAGACUUUGAAUCUGAAGUCAGAUAAUAAGCAUAACUAUUUGAGUAAGGGUAAAACUGGAAGCAUAGUUAAUGCUGUAAAUUGCCCUCACCAAUUUUGUCACCUGGAACACUUGAGUGGUUUCUCUGUUUGGUGGAACAUUAGUAAGGGGUUUCAAACUGUUUUCUCAUGUGUAAUUAAAAGUAAACAAUGGAAAUGAAGUCUAAUUUAAAGUGGCAAGAAUCAAAGGGAAGCUAGAGAGGAAUAGGUAUAAAUGUGCCAAAGAUUUUUGUUAUUAGGCAUGUACCAAACCUAUUCAUGAUGGUUCUUGUAGAGUUUUUUAUAAAUAAUUAUUUACACUACAAAUGCAACUUUUAAAUGAUUAUGCCGAAUUUACUGUUUGCAAUAUAUUUUGUUUUAUACAACACUAUUGUGUGGGGGGGGGUAAUAAUAAAUUUAACUUUCAUUUCUAUUCCUUAAGAUUUUUUUAAACUGAAAUUGCUGCCCUGAAUAGCAAAGAUAAAAUAUUUUCAUUAAAGCCACAAAUAAUAUUUUUCACUAUAGUGCUAAAAUGUUUCAAACAGGUAGUUAUCAAAUUACUGAUAUUCAUGUUACUCAUGAACUAAGUUUUGUUUUUAACAGUUUAUGUAUAAAAGAAAUACUGUACUAUAUGUUGCCAAAAGAAAUUAUACAUCCGGUACAGUAUGUAUUGUAGGAUAAUGUAUGUCAAUUUUAGGAGAACAUGCACAUGUCAAUGCCCAGAUCAGGGAUAGCCUUUGUAUUCAUAAUCUUGUAACUACCAGGCCACAUUGACUAAAGCGGGGCACAAACUCAAUAACUUUUCCAUGGAUUCAUGUUCUUAUAUAUUCAGGAUCUCUACACCAUCACUUUAAGAUUAAAAACAAAUUUAU